AUGGCGCUAUGGAUGGAAAAGGGUUCGGAGCCCUUGACCGAAACCGAGAAAGCAGACCUUGAAGCCAUUGCUGCAAUCAAAGAGUCUUCAGCCUUUGAACUCAAGGAAAAGGGUAACCAAUAUGUGAAGAUGGGGAAGAAGCAUUACUCUGAUGCUAUUGAUUGCUACACAAGGGCUAUCAAUCAGAAAGCCUUGGGUGAUUCUGAGACCUCUAUUCUUUUUUCAAAUAGAGCCCUUGUGAAUUUGCUUCUUGGGAAUUUCAGACGAGCACUUAAUGAUGCUAAUGAUGCACUCAAGUUGUUGCCCUCAAAUAUAAAGGCAAUUUAUAGAGCUGCCAAAGCUUCUUUUUCGUUGAAUUUGUUGGAUGAGGCACAGGACUAUUGUCAAAUGGGUCUUGAUUUGGAUCCUAAUAACGAGGAUUUGAAGAAGCUUGACAAUCAGAUUGGUAUUAAGAUAUUGGAGAAUGAAAAGCAUGAGGCUGAAGUUUCUAAGGCUGUUGCAGAUGCAAAGGAACUUGUUUCUGCAAUGGAAAAUAGAGGCUUGAAAAUUGGAAAGGCCGUGUAUCGAGAACUUACUGGGUUAAAGAAACCAGUGUUAGACAAAAGUAACAUCCUUCAUUGGCCUGUUCUUCUUCUGUAUGCGGAGGUUAUGUCCAGUGACUUCAUUGAGGAUUUCUGCGAGACUGACAUGUUUUCGGAUCACCUUGAUAUGGUAUUUGCAGAAGAUCAGCCGCUUUCGUGGGAUGUUGAAAAUAAUUACAAGCGUGAAUUUAUUGAGUUAUACUAUGACGCUGGUGCUGGACCUCGUCUAUCUAAGGAAAAACUCCUUCGUUUUCUAUUAGAGGGAACUGCAGCAGCUUCUAAUGGGGAAGGUAUUGGUGAUGAAGAGAAAGAUGCGGUUGAGGAUCUUAAGCAAAACACGGGCUCCCCUAAAUGGAUCAAAGUAAAUGAAAGGAGAACACUCCACGAUGUUCUAAAAGAGUCUACGUUCAUCAUUCCUGAGAUCCCAGUCUUCUAUGUUGUUUCUAAGAAAUCUAGCUUUUAUAGCAAAUUCAAAGAUGGAAAGUGGGCUCCUCCAAGUGUAUGA